CAUCUCUCUCUUUCUCUUUCUCUCAUCCACAUCUGUCCUCUCUCGCUCUUUGUCACCCACUCCCCUUCUAGUCUGAACUACUUUUCAUCAUGAGCCUUGACGCAGAACAAUCCCAGCCUGUCCUCCAGAGCUAUGUCGGCUUCGACUCCAUCACAUCCCAGAUUGAAAAGAAGCUGCUUAAGCGCGGUUUCCAGUUCAAUGUCAUGGUCGUUGGUCAAUCCGGCUUGGGCAAGAGCACGUUGAUCAACACCAUCUUCGCCUCUCAUUUGAUCGACUCCAAGGGCCGCACCCAGCCUGAUGAACCCACCCGUCAGACCGUCGAGAUCCACUCCUUCACCGAGACCGUGAUUGAGAACGGAGUCAAGUUGAGACUCAACAUCGUCGACACUCCCGGAUACGGUGACCAGGUCAACAACGAGAACUGCUGGGAGCCCAUCAUCAAGUACAUCAAGGACCAGCACUCGUCCUUCCUUCGCAAGGAGUUGACUGCCAUGCGUGAUCGCUUCAUCCAGGACACCCGUAUCCACUGCUGCCUGUUCUUCAUCUCUCCCACUGGUCACUCAUUGAAGCCAAUUGAUAUUGUUGUCCUCAAGAAGCUGACCGAGGUCGUCAACGUUGUCCCCGUUAUUGCCAAGUCGGACUCCUUGACUAUUGAGGAGCGCAUCGCGUUCAAGCAGCGCAUUAAGGAGGAGAUGGCUUUCCACAGCAUUAAGCUAUACCCAUAUGCAUCUGAUGAGGAUGAUGACCAUGACCAGGCCUUGAACGAGAGCAUUCAGGAUUUGAUCCCCUUUGCUGUAGUUGGAUCAGAAAAGACCAUCAUUGUCGAUGGCAAGACCGUCCGUGGUCGCCAGAACCGCUGGGGAGUGAUCAAUGUCGAGAACGAGAACCAUUGCGAAUUCAUUCACCUCCGCAACUUCUUGACACGCACUCAUCUGCAGGAUCUGAUUGAGACUACGGCCAUGAUCCACUACGAGUCAUUCCGCUCGAAGCAGUUGCUUGCCUUGAAGGAGAGCGGUCAGCAGCAACAGCAGCAGCAUCACCAUCAUUAGACAUUGACGAGGAUUUGACACACUUUUUUUUAAACAAAAAGCAAAAAAAAGAAAAAAAAUCAGCUUUUUAACUAGAACUGUCCUGGAAGAGGAAGCACUAUGAUACCAAGGGAUACGACGAGGAGGAGGAGGACGACGACGACAAUGAUGAAGAGGAGGGCGUAACAAAGGACGCGCGCGCGAUAUAUAUUUUUUUUUUCCUUCUUUUCUUUUUCCUUUUAUUCGAACCCUAACUAAUACAGUUUUUAUUUUAUUUUUUUGAAGACAACAUUUGAUGUUCAUUUCAUGGAUGUUGAGGAUGAGGUGGAGUUGGAAUGGUCUUGGUUUCUGGCAAACAACCUUCUCAAAACCCUCAUCCUUCUCCCUCUCCUUGACUUUUUUUUCUUUCAUCUUUUGUCAAAGGUGUCCGAAAAUAAAAAAUAAAUACAGCAAAACAUUAUAAA